AGAAAACGGUCCGAGUAGUGAACGGCUACCGACGACACAGCUUUUUGGAACUUUCGUUUUCGCGGGAGAGUACUGCUCUCUGCAUCAUUUGCUGUCACUAGCCUGUGUUCCUUCUGCCGAGAGAGGAAGAGGGAGCACGGAUAGAAAGAGAAGCGGACGAUCUGAAGAUGGGAAUGUCUUCUGCUUCUGCAACAAUCUCAUCAUCUUUGCCAUUACCCAUCCGCUUCGGCUUGGGCUAUCGAUUGCCCAAAUGCAGCACAACCGGUACUUCAAAGUUUCCAUGUUCGGGGUUUGCAGCACGCCUACGCUGUUUCAAGCCCAACAGAGCUUGCGUCCCCAUCAGGAUAACAAUGGCAGGGCGUGGCAUGACCACAGUAGUUUUUGCGUCGGGAGCAGAUCCUCAGAGUGAAGGAGAUCUAUCAACAAGUAAAGGAGAAAUAACGCGAGAUAGCAGCGCAGACGGCCUUCCUAUAUGGACCAUCUUGGCGGGUUUGGUUGUGUUCCUGCUUUUGUUGUGGUUCGUGGGGUCUCUUGUGCUGUGGAUCCUAAGGUUGUUUGUUAAAUGAUGAUGAACGUUUAUGGUGUCAACGAUGGCUAAUAAUGGUAACGAGGUUAUGGUAGCAUUAGUGACAAUGAUGAUGGUAGUUCUCUUCCAUGUUGAGUGGUACAUUUUUGGAGAAGAUUCGGGAAGUGCCAUUUGGGCGCAGUUUUUCCGUAGCUUCAAAACAGCAAUCUCGUGCACAUUUCACGAA